CUCCCAGCUGACCUCAUUUACUGCUGAGUUGUGCGGUUGCAGCAGUUGUGGAUUAGAAACAUAAUUUGCUUUUGUUUUCCGAAAACAUCUGUCUGCAAGAAAAAUGUGCGGAAGAGCUUCAAGUUGCUGACGGAAGAUUUAAGCUUUCUUGCAGGGAAAUGCUGUUUACUUGAACGAAAGUUUGCAUCAAAUAUGUGCUCUAGGCAUCCACACAUAGGAUUGUGUUUGUUGUGAGAGCCUCUUAUACAAGGCUUACACAACAAUAGACUUACAAUGGAGGAUUUUACAACCAGAACAUAUGGAACCAGUGGAUUGGACAGUAGACCUUUAUUUGGAGAAACCUCUGCUAGGGAUCGAAUAAUCAACUUAGUUGUUGGUGGCCUCACUUCUUUGUUAGUUCUAGUAACAAUUAUUAGUGCUUUUGUCUUCCCUAAUUUACCUCCGAAACCUGUGAAUGCUUUCUUCGCUGUUUGUAUCAUUAUGAGUUGCAUCUCAGUUGUUAUACUUAUUGUUUGGUAUCGUCAAGGAGACCUGGAACCUAAAUUCCGAAAUCUAAUUUACUAUAUUUUAUUUUCGAUUGUCCUGCUGUGUAUAUGUGCCAAUUUAUACUUCCAUGAUGUGGGGAAAUAACUGACAGCACUAUGUCUUAUAGCUAAUGCACUGAAGAAAUAAACACAAGGACCUGAAGGCGGUCAACAGGAACAAACCUUAUACAAGCAAAGAAGGAUAUAGAAGAAUAGUUUCAUGACAUCAAAAAUGAUUGGACAUUUAAUUUAAUUUGAUGUGGAAUAGGAUGACCUUUUUAAAAUUGUGUCUAUAACCGUUAAAUUAUAGUAAAUUUGAAAGGGUUAAUUUAUAAAAGUGGUAACACAUGCUUUAAUUGCUUGUUAAAAAGGGCUUAUUUGUCAUAGGUAUUGUUUUUCAAGCAUGUAGCAGAGCUGUAACACGGUUUUGGGUAGCAGCAAGCAUGUGAUCCAAACAAUUAAAACUUGGACACUCGCUUUGAAAUGAUACACAUGCUUUAUAUAUUUGCAAACCAGCAAAGAUACCUCUGCUUUUGGUCGUAACCAUGCUAUACUGUAUUAUUUCAGAUUUUUAAUUGCACUGUGAUUCUGCAUUAAUAUUACGCCAACGCUAUUCCGCUUGCAUCAGAAAUAUUCUUUUGUGAUAUACAUGUAAACAAGAAGAUAUGUUCAAACUUUAACGGAAGGCAUGAACCACAAAAAAAAAGCACAACGUGUACAUUCCAAACUUGCCAAUGUUUUUAAGAAUGCAUUCUUUUUUGCAUUUUUGGAAAUUAAACCUUACAUUCCUUUUAUUAUAAAUUUGAUAAAUAUGCUUUGAAAAUAUGA